UACUUCCAUUUGGUUGCAGUUGCUUCCAAGCCUGUUUGGUAGACGUCUAAAAAUGAGUUCAUCUCAUUUUGGUUAAUUACAGCUCUUAAUAGAGAUCUUGAUUGUUGCUUAUCAAGAAUAUCGUCUCUAGUACAUGAUUACAAUUAACAAAAAUGAAGUGAACUCAUUGUUAGGUGUUUGCCAAACAGGUCCUCUGGGCUCUUUCAUCUUUAAGAAGACUAGAGUAACUUACAAGAGAAGAAACAUUGAUGGGUAGAUAAACAUUACAAGAGAAGAAAAGUGUUUCCUGGGUCUCCAUGUUCCCUUUUCCUUUCUUUUUUACUUUCCUUUCUCAGCAGUCCAAUAAGAUUCAAACUGUAAAGUGUUUCCUGGGUUUCCAUGAUUUUUAUUUAUUUUUCUAAUUCUUGUAGGGUGGAAUAUCAAAUGGUGAAAUGAUAACCAUGAGGAUAGCUUUCAAGCCUACUUCUACAAUUGCAAGGAAACAACAUACAGUGACCAGAGACCGACAUGAGACUGAACUCAUUGCACGAGGACGCCAUGAUCCUUGUGUGGUCCCUCGAGCUGUGCCGAUGGUGGAAGCCAUGGUUGCUUUGGUUAUUUUGGAUCAACUGAUGGUGCGGUAUGCACAAUGCCAGCUGCUACCCAUCAACCCUUGCCUCCAAGAACCUGUGGAGGCACCAAAGCUUGAGAUUGUGGAGAAACUUCUAAUUGCUGCUGUUGCAGAUGCUGAUGUUAGUGUUCGUCAGUCAGUCUUUCUAUCUCUGCAUGGAAAUGGAGGUUUCGAUGAAUUUUUGGCACAGGCUGAUAGUUUGAGUGCUAUCUUUGUUGCUCUUAAUGAUGAGGAUUUUGAUGUUCGAGAGUUUGCUAUAUCAGUUACUGGCAGAUUGUCUGAAAAGAAUCCAGCAUAUGUUCUGCAUGCACUUCGUCGCCAUCUCAUACAAUUGUUGAUGCAUCUUGAGCAAAGUGCAAAUAGCAAAUGCAGAGAAGAAAGUGAUAAACUCUUGGGCUGCCUAAUUCGAAACCUAAUGUUGCAUUAGACGAAAUUGAAAAUCAAAAACAGCCUUCAUAUAAGGAGGUUGCUGUCCUGCAGAUGGGUAGCUAUGAUGCAAUGAUUAUGCAGAAGCUUGCUGCCAUGCAGCAGUUGGAACGUGAGCUUGAGGCCAUCUCUGCCAUUGAUUACCGGGGAAUUAUGUUAUUCCUAGUGAAGAAGUUCUUGCGGGUCUGUAUUGAUUUAGUUUAAUCGCUUCAUUGAGGUUGAGUUUAAAUGUUGUUAGUGGUUAUCUUCCUUUGGUAGGAACGUUUGGAGGAUCUAGCAGGUAAAGAUGCCCAAGAGAAAUCUGAUGCUGCUAUAGAAACCCUUUUACAAGAGCUUCCAGAUGAAAGAAAUGUCAAUAAAAGACCGGAUGAUUCAAAACAGAUACAGGAAAAGUCAAAGAAAAAGAAAAAGAGAGAUUGAAGAAGAGAUAAGAAUAUAAAUAUUUGUGGAACCUAAUGUUGUGUAACAGUUUGAUUGAGUUUGUUUUGAAAACUUUAAGUAGACUGUUGUUAACUAUUUUGUUGGUAUUAUGGCUUUCAUGAUUGAUUGUUUCA